AUGGCUGUGGAUGUUGUGGACAAGGAGCCGAUGCCGAAGCAUACCUUUGCAGAACGUGCAGCAGCGAACAACCUCAACGAUGCCGAGAUCCUCAACUCAAACAACUCUGCGGGACCCGAUGUUCCUAGCGAUGCCGAUGUCGUCAUCGCUGGCGGUGGAAUUCACGGGCUAAUCUAUGCGAUUCAGUCUGCUACCGUCAAGUCGGGCAACUUGAGUGUCUCGCUCAUUGAGAAGAACAGCAAGCCAGGGUACAAGAUCGGCGAGAGUACUCUGCCUGCGUUCUCCUUGUGGUGCAAGUUGCAUGGGCUCACGGCCGACUAUCUCUUGCGCAUUUUCGGCCUCAAGGAUGGACUCGCAUUUUAUUUUAUGCGCGAGAAUGACGCGGACAACUACGGGGACAAUCUUAUCGUCGGCACGCCAGGCGAGCACCUCAGCGGCUACCAGGUCGAACGACCUGUCAGCGAGCUAUUGUUCACCUUGUUGGCGCAGAGACAGGGCGUCAAUGUGUACCACGGCAAGAAAGUCGACUUUGUGGCAUCGGAUGUUCAGGGUGGCCUACACAACAGCAAAAUCAGCGUUGUAGAUGCGGCCAAGGAGGCCACCCAGCCAUCUGCAAGUAUUGAUACGUCAUUGCUUGUGGAUGCAACUGGGCGAUUCCGUCAGUUGGCCUCGAAGAAGGCCUCGCUCAAACGAUUUGAGGGGUUCAACACGGACGCCUUCUGGGCAUAUUACACCCACCCGGAAGACAAGAGAAAGAUGCCUUUCCGUGGCUACGAGGGGUGUCAGACCAACCACCUCUGCAUUCCGGAGGGUUGGUUCUGGGUCAUCCGCCUUCUUUCAUGGGAGGGCAACUCGACUGCGAAAAUGAUGGACAUGCUCACGUAUCUGCUAGACUGUGCAGAGGCCGGAGUUCCGAGCGACCAGUUGCCCUGUACUGCUAAGCUGGCCGAGAUGUUUGAUCUGAAAUAUCAGUGGGUGACGAGUGUUGGGGUGGCUGCCCGCAACGACGUCAAAUAUCCCGAUGAUCUCGCCCAGUAUGGCUCUACCGAAGCUGAACGCAAGCUCAACUACUUUAUCCGCAAAUAUCCGCGCAUCAACGAGCUCAUGACCAAUUUCGAGCUGAUUCAAGAUCUCUAUGGUCCAAAGACGACAUUCUUCGUCCGCAAGACUCUGACGUACCAGUCUCCAGUAGUGUCCGGGCCGGGCUGGCUGGCUAUUGGGGACGCGUGCGGUUUUACCAACCCGUUGUAUUCUCCUGGCAUUAAUGUCGGCAUGGCAUCGUCCACAUACGCCGCUGAGCUGACUCACAAAGCACUCGAUGAUGCCAAACAAGGCAGCAUUGCGGCAGCAGAGUCGACGAUCAGGAAGAUAUUUGCUCCUUAUGACGACUUCAUCACAAACCUGAUCCCAUCGCUCGAUCAGAUGAACCGUUUCAACUACCUAUGCUUCCGCGAUCCAAGGCUUGGAGAACGAGUAGCUAUUCCGUGGCAGUAUUACGCGAGCGCCUCGGUCGGAUUCGACCCCUUGCACACGCAGGGCACGUUCACGUUGGACCAGGAGCAAUUUGGCAGGUAUGCCAAGAAUUGGCUCUGGGGUGCCCAGAUGCCGGCAUACGACGCCAUAGCGCGCGAAACCGUCAAGCUUCUUUCUCCUUUCUCGCUGGGUGAGGAGGUGCCAGGGGAGGUUGUGCAGAAAGUUCUCGACACCAGCGCAAAGCUUAUGGCCGCUUCCUUUGCCGAGAACCCCGCCAAGAUCAUCCGCUGGGGCGGCAAGGUCAAGUCUCACGACGGGAUGAUGAGGUACCAGGAAGGAAAGACGGGAAGGGAUCAUUUUACGAGUCAGUGUGCUGGUUGCAACUGUUGGACCAUCCGGCGUGAGGACUGGACUCUCUGCCACUUCUGUGGCAUGAAGCGACAGCCCGCGGACAAUGUCAUUCAGUGGGAACCUGCAACAGUGAUGGUAUGA